AUUUCUCUUGGUGCUGAUUUGUUUAAUAUUCAGUGUACUAUCUACUAUAGAGCAUUAUUCUGAAUUUGCCAUUGGAACCCUUUUCUGGAUGGAAAUAGUUCUGGUUGUGUUUUUUGGUGCUGAGUACGUGGUCCGGUUGUGGUCUGCAGGCUGCAGGAGUAAGUAUGUUGGCUUCCAGGGAAGAAUCCGGUUUGCCAGAAAGCCAAUAUCAAUAAUUGAUCUGAUUGUGGUGGUAGCCUCAAUUAUUGUUCUGAGCAUAGGAUCUAAUGGACAAGUGUUUGCCACCUCUGCAAUAAGGGGGAUCCGAUUUCUCCAGAUACUUCGCAUGCUCCACGUGGAUCGACAGGGUGGCACCUGGCGACUGUUAGGAUCAGUUGUUUUCAUACAUCGACAGGAACUCAUAACCACACUGUACAUUGGAUUCUUGGGACUAAUUUUUUCAUCCUAUUUUGUCUAUCUCGCUGAGAAGGAUGCAGUUGAUGAGGAUGGAAAGACAGGUUUCUCCAACUAUGCUGAUGCCCUUUGGUGGGGUGUGGUAACAGUCACAACAAUUGGUUAUGGUGAUAAAGUUCCCCAGACAUGGAUUGGAAAGACAAUAGCUUCCUGCUUUUCAGUAUUUGCUAUCUCUUUCUUUGCCCUGCCAGCAGGUAUUCUUGGGUCUGGUUUUGCCCUUAAAGUGCAGCAGAAGCAGCGUCAGAAACAUUUCAACAGACAAAUCCCAGCUGCAGCUUCCCUAAUUCAGACGCUGUGGAGGUGCUAUGCAGCAGAGAAAUCCUGCCCUUCCACAGCCACAUGGAAGAUCUAUGUUACAGCUCCAGUGCAAAAUCCCAAAAAGUCACCAGCGCCAUCUAGCCCUAAUCUGAGAAAACAGGCUAGAAGAUACAAAAGAAAAGGGAAGUUAGGCUGUGGUAAUGGUUCUGCACCUGUAAUAAACCCAGGAGAGAAUUCCUUGUCUGUUCCACAGAUCACUUAUGAUCACAUUGAUGAACAAGAGGACAAAAAAGAUGUGUCUUUCUACAUUGGUGAACCUAGAG